AUGGCCAUUCGAUACUCAGCAGAUUUUCUGCUGCACCUGCGAGACUCACCGCUAUGUACCAGACCAACCAAUCUCCCUCCCGCAGAGGAGUGGAUGGGUCAAACGCUCGAACAGCUACAACGACAAACCGCAAAACCAAACAACGACAGACCUAAUAGAACCAGCGAUUUAUCUCUCCUUGAUCAGACCAACAGACGGCCGGGCUUGGAUCGUCAAGUCGCCCGCAACAGUGCAAACCCGGAUGACAUCGUCUUUGGCCCCCCUCGCAUGGCCUUCUCCUCCGCUCGAGGAAACAAGCCUGCGGAAAAUAACGACAAGACCGCCAGAGAUUCCGAUUCUCCAGGCCGUAUAGCUUUUCGAAACCGAGGCGACAACGAUGGAGAUCGUUUUCGUGACGGCCGCACCAACCCCGCGAGACGUCGUGGCGAUACCGACCAGGAUAGCGAUGGAUGGAACAUGGUCAAACCUCGCAAGAGCUUCGGUACCGAAGGCGCUGAGCGAUUUCAUGGCAAGAUGGGCGGCAACUUCCGCGAAGACCGACGUCCCACAAGAGACGCCAACACCGCCAGCAACAGGGAUGAUCGUGACAACACCCGAGAACGUCUUGGUCGGGCCUUUGACGCCUUCAGCAGAGACAAGGACGCUCCAGAUACCGAGGGUCGGCCACCUCGAAAUGGGCUCAACAGAAACAAGACCGACAAUUGGCGAACUAUAGAAAGCAACGACGCACCUCCUGUGCCGGAGAAGCGAGAUCGAGACCGAACCAAGAGUUGGAGGGACAGAGACCGCGAUGCCGAGCCCUCAGAUGACCGCAGUGCGGGCCGAAACAAUGACCGUCGCUGGGGUCGGGACCGAGAUCAGCGAAACGAACGCGAACCUGAAUGGCUUGACGAGCCAGCCGACGCCCGAGAGGCGCACACGCAGCAGGACUUCCAGAAGUGGAUGGAACAGAUGAAGAAAACUAAGAGCGGAUCGUCGUCCAGUGCCAAAGCAUCGGAUCCUCUUCCUGCUGAGCCGCCUAAACCCUCCCUGCCUGUAGCUCCUGUGGAGACCGGGCCGGACAAGUUCUUCCUGGCGUUUGGUGGGACAAGCGCCGGCACAGACGUGACGUCGCCAAGCGAACCCAAAGACGCGGCAUCCUCCAAAGCGAAAACCGGCGGGAAGUCCUCUCGAUUUACUUCAUUCUUCUCGCAACCCCAGGGAGACUCGCGACCUCGAACAGAAGCUUCCACGCCACUGACAGGGCCUCCUGUAAACGGACCAGGUUCUGCGUCUGGAUCAGCCCCGGCUCCUCCCAGUACACUUGCUGCGCUUCUUGGCUCUGUAGCCGGCCAUGGAGUGGCAUCUCCUGGUGCUCCAGAUGAAGAGCGGCAGGCCUUUCAAUCUUUACUCGCAAAGCUGCAAAAGCAAUCUGUGAGCGCUACUCCGCCUGGCCCUUCCCCGUUUGCUGCUCCUCCCCAGAGCAAUCCUUCGGAUAACAAAAACUCCACAAGCUCUCCGGAACCUCUUCACCAGUAUGCGGGCGGUGUCAGAGAUGCGUCUGCGUCUUUGGGUCGCCCAGCAUCCCAACAGCCUCACCAGGAAAUUCUCGCCCCUUGUCCACAGCAGCAGUCUGCUCGACCGGAGCAGCUUCUUCAAGAUGUUGGUGGGCACCAUCAGCGUGUCUCCAGCCAAGGGUCUAACAAUCGAGCCGAGGCCAACGCCGCUCGCAACAAUAGCAAUACCGAGUUCUUGAUGAAUUUGAUGAGAAUGGCACCAGAGACUCAUCGACCUGAUCAGGGGCGCAAUCACUCCCAACCCCAACCUCAACUUCAAAAGCAUUCAUCGUUGCCUCCGUUCAACGAGCGAGAACAGGAGUUCCCCGGGCGUGAGAACCGAAACAAUGAAAGGGUCAUGCGUCCACAGCCGCCUCCAGGCUUUCCCAUGGGCGAGUCGUUCCACACCCUUGAGCGGGAGGCACGACACACCCAGCCAACCCAGAUCCUGCAGAGACCGCCACCACCCGGGCUGGAUCAGAUGCCACCAAACUGGAUGGCCAGUACAGGACAAAUACCACCUCCUCAACAGAGAGGCCCGAUGCUCCCACCCCCUGGGCUUGCGGGUGGUCUCGGUCCCGGCGGCCCGAAUCGCAACAUGCCUAUGCCGCCGAUGUUCCCGCCCAACUUUCCUCCUGGGGCAAUGCCUCCUCCGCCGCCAGAGGCUAUGGGCGCGAUGCCUCCCCGAAACAUGCCUCCUCCACCUCCAGGGUUCUUCAGCGGACCGCCGCCCCAUGGCUUCCUACCUCCUGGACUGGGCGGCUUCAAUGGACCUCCUCCCGGACCCGAGGGAUUCGGUGGCCCUCCAUUCGAAACUCGAGGAAUGCCGCCCUCUGCAAGCAACAACGGCAGAGGCGCCGCCUAUGGCCGGCCGUAG